AUGGUUCGUCCUAAACUUUAUUCUACAAAACACAUCAAAACAUUAUGGAUAACGGGCAGUUUAGUAUUUUUAAUUGGUUACAUCGGAUGGAAUGUGGACAUGCAUUUUUGUAGUUGGAUGAACCAAUUACCAUUUAGUUUACCAAAUCCCCAAUUACACGCCUGGUGGCACUUAACAGCUUCUUACGGAAGUUACGUAAUGUGUGUGUUGGUGGCCUAUGAUAGGUCAAAGACUUUAGAACAAGAUAUUUGCGUAAAAUGGGUCCUCAAUAUUUUACCUUAUGUUCACAUUAUAGCAUCUGAUGAAAAGAAAGAAAUAUUAUCGUCACCAAGGAAAAGAAGAUCCAGAUUUUUGAAAAAUAAUAAAUCACCAGAUUCAAAUCAAGAAAAAGUUCCUUUAUUAAGAGAUUCUGAAUCUGAUUCUAGUAACUAG